GCAGCAGGUUGUCACCAUCAGGGUCAGCUCUGAGCCAGGAUUCAUGUCAUCCAGUUACUGAAGCUGGACAUCCGCUGGACCAUCCUGAAACACACAUUACCUCGUCCAUCCACCUCCUGCAUGCUGCCCCUCAGGAUGUUGGGCCUCCUCAUGCUCAUGUUUUCACUGUGUGAUGCAGACAGCUGCUGCCCCCCUGACACCAACCCUCUCACCCUGGAUGUGCCCAAGGUUAUAAAAAAAUAUGGAGAGUCAGUGUUCAUAAACUGCUCCAGCACAGAAGAAUAUCAUAAUGGGAUGUACUGGAGAGUAGGAAACAAAGACUAUGCAAUGGAAUUAGACUAUAGUUAUAUCUCCUGGUCAGUGUCAUUGUCAGCCUGGAAUGUGACAGCAGAGUGCAGAAUAAAGCUGGACGACGGUCAAGAAUGCAGCAAAGAGCUUGAAAUCUCCCUGUACCAGGUGCCAGAGGUCGAUGUGUAUCCUUUAAAGUAUGCCGCUGCGGUGGAAGGGAGGCUGUACGAGCUGCAGUGUGAUAUUGCGGGCGCCGCACCGGUUCAAAACCUCGUCGUGAGGUGGUACAAAGACAAUCGAACAAUCAAGAAGGACACUUUCACCAACACAACCAAAACACCAGUGUUUGAGUCUUCUACUCUGACAGUCAACAUCAGCAGAGGAGAACAUGGAGCUCAGUUUAGAUGUGAGGCUCAGCUGGACUUUGGGCCACAUGGACCACAACUUUUUGAGGUUUCUCAAACACACACUGUUUCUGUGGACUAUGCUCCUGACUUCGAGAACAACACAGAAUAUGUCUCUGUGCACGAGGGUCAUGACGUCACCCUGAACUGUGAAGCUGAGGGGAAACCUCCUCCUGUCAGUCAAUGGACACUUGAUGGGGGGAUGUUAAUUAAAAAGCAGAAUCUUAUCAUCACUCGAGUAAACACCAGCGAAACGUACAACUGCUCAGCUAGCAAUUAUCUGGGAAACAUAACUAAGCAAAUCCAUGUUCAUGUGAUAAAAAUGAUCCCGCCAACAACCAGUGCAGACCAAACGACCAAUGAGCCAUCAACACCAACAGGUUGCCCCUUAGUGUUGACGCCUGCUGAACUAGUGGUGAGAUUUGGAGAUCCAGCUUCCGUUAACUGCAGUACGUCAGCCGCAGGUGUUCUAGGGAUGGGCUGGGAGGGCAGAUAUGGAGCCACAACGUCUAAAGGUCCUGCUAGCACCUGGGCAGUUGAAGAAGUGGAUGACUGGAGCACAAAACCUGCGUGCUUCAUUAAUCUGAAAGAGAACGGCUCGUAUCACGAGUGUUCUGUGUGGUUAGCCAUCACUCUUUAUAAGACUCCAGACACUGUGUCAGUCUCUGCGAUGGCUCCUGGGCCGAUGAUAGAGGGCUCAGAGUACCGGCUGAAAUGUCAUGUCGCUAACGUGACUCCUUUGGAGAAGCUCAAAGUGACGUGGUACCGCGGCAAUGAAACUGUGCACACACAAAUGUUUGAUAACACUAGUAAGACCCCAGUAAGCGCGUGGUCUAACUUGACAGUCACUGCUAAGAGACAAUACAACGGAGCUCUUUUCAGUUGCAAGGCUGAGCUGCACCUAGGACCCAAUGGACCAGAGCGGGUCCCUACUGUAACCUCAGCCCCGUACAUGGCUGCUGUGCACUACGCCCCUGAGUUCAAGGAGGGAAGUUACAUUAAGGUGGUGGACCUGGGUGUAAAUGUGACCUUAAACUGCAGUGCUGAGGGCAACCCUCCCCCUGAGAUCUACUGGAAAUAUACCUCUGCAGUGAACGUGAGGGAGACCACCAGAGGGCGCCAGAAGAGCAUCAGCGUCACAGGAGCCACGUCUACCAAUGCUCAUGUUUACGUCUGUGUUGCCACGAAUAUAGUUGGGAGGGUGACAAGAUCCGUCACACUGAUGAUGACAGGUAAAACCAGUGCACUCCAAUUUACAACCAUUUUGUGGUUCCUGAUUCUAUUAGUCGUCAUCUUCAUUUCCAUCCUCAUGAUCAUUGUCUACAAAUGCUAUAAAAAAAAUAGACAAUAUACUUUUGUCCCUAACAAAGCCAAGGAUUGUUCAGAAAUCCCCAUGACUCCCCAGUCUAACGGGGAUCAAGUUUAGGAUGUACAGUACUUACUGGAGGGGUAAGAUUAAAUCAGCCUGGGGACUCAAAACUUAACCAUAUAUAUCAUUUGUCUUGCAUUUGCAUAUCAUUUAUCAGUUUUAACUUUGGUAUGGUACGAUUCUAGGUAAAUACAAAUGUAAAAAUAAAUAAUAAGGAGCAUUAGUUUGCCAAGAAGUGCUACCGACAAACCAGGUGUCUUAUAACAGUUAUUUUUAUUUGUAAAGUCUAACUUCACUUUUAUAUUAAUUUUAUUCUUAAUAAAGUUACACAAUAGCCAGUGUUGAUAUGUUGUGUGUGUAUUUGGAAACUUAAAUGCUUACUCUAUAGUGUACUUUACAAUGUUCAUCUUUAUGGUUUCACAAUGUAUAUUUGAUUAUUGUCUUCUUGAAAUGUUGAUUAAACAUUAAAAAGUA